GGAUAUCUUUGUAACGUGUAAAAGUGUUACAUCCUUUUGUCAAGACUUCUUUUUGGCAUAGUUGGAUGCCAAUGGCCUGCGAGAACCACAGCAGGAACAAAUAUGUUCUUCUCCACCUAACGAUCGACUUUGAUCUUUCCCUGCCUCUGAUCUGUGCGCAAUGGGCAGUGCUUAUUGUAAAAUGAGCAGUUUUUACAACGAAUCGCAACUGUGGGCGGGACUCCAGGAAGCUGACAGUCAGCUGCCUCGAUUCACAACGCAGGCUGAAACAAGUCACCAAGACACUGCUUUCUGCAAUUUUCUCUCCCUUCUCUCCCUCUUCUCCUACCCGUGAUGGAUGAGACGAGCCCGCUAGUUUCCCCGCUUAGGGAUCAGCCAGAUUUUAAUUAUGGUCCGACUGGGCCUGCAAGUCCUCGGGCUGGAUUUGCAGGCAUGCCCGGUUCUGUUGUGCGAGUCCCCGCAGGAAGUCCGGGACAGAGCCGGGAGCGACAGCCCCUUCUGGACCGGGACCGAGGUGGCUCACCCCGGGAUCCGCAUAGAAACGAGUUUCCGGAGGACCCCGAGUUCAAGGAGAUCAUCAAAAAAGCAGAAUUGGCAAUUGAGGCCGAAAUUUUCCCCGAAAGAAUAUACCAAGGUUCAAGCGGCAGCUACUUUGUAAAAGAUUUGCAGGGGAAGAUCAUUGGAGUGUUCAAGCCCAAGAACGAGGAGCCCUAUGGCCAGCUCAACCCCAAGUGGACCAAGUGGCUUCAGAAACUGUGUUGCCCAUGCUGCUUUGGGAGGGACUGCCUGGUGCUGAAUCAGGGCUACAUGUCUGAGGCUGGGGCCAGCCUUGUGGACCAGAAGCUGGAGCUCAACAUCGUCCCCAGGACCAAGGUUGUGUACCUGGCCAGUGAGACCUUUAACUACAGCGCCAUUGACAGAGUGAAGUCCAGGGGAAAGAGGCUUGCUCUGGAGAAAGUGCCAAAAGUGGGGCAGCGAUUCCACAGAAUAGGUCUCCCACCCAAGGUAGGGCUCGGACUGCCUGUGACGGCCGACGGGGGUCUGGAUGGUGAACAAUUACUGAGAAGGUUUAGAUUGACCUGCAGUGAACUAGUGGUCGGUUCAUUCCAGUUGUUUGUUGAAGGUUACAAAGAUGCAGACUAUUGGCUUCGCCGCUUUGAGGCUGAGCCGCUACCAGAGAACACCAAUCGGCAGCUGCAGCUGCAGUUUGAAAGAUUGGUGGUGCUGGAUUUCAUCAUCAGGAAUACAGAUCGAGGGAAUGAUAACUGGCUUCUAAAGUAUGACUGCCCAAUGGACAGCGGUGGCUCCAGGGACACAGACUGGGUAUUGGUUAAGGAGCCAAUUAUCAAACUAGCCGCAAUAGACAACGGUUUAGCAUUCCCACUCAAACACCCUGACUCCUGGAGAGCCUACCCGUUUUAUUGGGCCUGGCUGGCUCAGGCCAAGGUCCCCUUCUCCCAGGAGAUUAAAGACCUGGUCCUGCCAAAAAUCUCUGACCCGAACUUCAUCAAGGACCUGGAGGAGGACCUCUACGAGCUGUUCAAGAAAGAUCCAGGCUUCGACAGGGGACAGUUCCAUAAACAGAUUGCAGUUAUGAGGGGGCAGAUCCUCAACCUCAGCCAGGCGCUGAAGGACGAGAAGACCCCCCUGCAGCUGGUCCAGAUGCCGUCAGUGAUCGUGGAGACCGCACGGGCGCAGCAGCGCACCAACAGCGAGUCGUACACCCAGAGCUUCCAGAGCCGACGGCCCUUCUUCACAUGGUGGUAGAGCUUGGGGUGGGUGAUAGCCUCCCUUCCAUUGGGGACCGUUUUGAGUGAGAGAGAGAGAGGCAGGGAGAGAAGGCGUCUGCAGGCCUUAUCAUGCCUCUCAUCUGAGCAUAUUCUACAUUAUUUCCCUUAUUGAGGGACACCGGGGGAACAUAUAUUCUGACUAUCCGGGACCCCUUCCUUUCUCUCUAUCUCAGAAGAAGAGAAAAUGUACAGCUAUGGUACAAUGGAAGGCUUUUCCCUCUUGCUGUCAUCACACUCUGCAGAGCUGCCAUUCAGAACCCAUUUACAUUCCAAGUACUUUGCUAUUGGAACCCACACGCUGAUCCCCCUGCUUGGCGUUCCGCUGGGAGGCAGGAGAUGAGAUGAUGGUGGUGGUUUGGGAUAGAGGGCAGGUACCAGAGAUACUCGGCCUCCUUCCAGUACUGUCACAGAGGAGCAUGAGCACUACAGGCUUCCUGGGACCAGGGUAGGGGACUACAGCUUAGAGUGAACUAAAGCUUGGAUGGUUUAGGAUAACAAACAUAUUUGAUGAAAAGGUUCCAAUUUCUCCCAAAAGCUGUUUUUCCAGAAUCUGGACCCAAAGCCUACUUCCCUCUUCGGAUCAGCCUCUCACUAAAUCCUCCAGCUCUCUCUGUGGUUGUCUGCUUAUCCCUCUGUGCCUGACAGCUCAGCUUUGUACUGGAUCAGAAUUGAAUUGGUAGAAAUGUCAUCUUUGUUUUUGUCUAAUUUCCUUUUCUGUGCUACAGCUUUUCAUUUUUCACUUGUUUACUGAAGUUACUACAAUCUGCUGGGCUAAAAAAAUCAAUGCAGUCAAAAGAAAUUCUGAAAAGUAUUAAACUUUAGAACAAGAUCACUGCUAUGUGAAAAAUUGGAGAAAACGCUAAACAUUAGAAUUGGAAAGGACAUCAACCCUUGUGCAAAAGAGGCUCAGACAAAAGCACUAUUUCCUUUUCUGUGUUUUAUUUUUUACUUUAACUUUGUCUCAGGUUUGCUGAGACUCCCACUCAGAACAGUUUCUUAAAGGUUUUCCAUGGAAAGCAUUAAACCUGACAGCACAAAUAUUUAGAAUUUUAAUUAUUUAAAAGUAACUCCAGUUUUUCAGAUUCUUAACAAGAGAGCAAGACAGUACUUCCUGUAACAGGAAAUGCAUGCUGCUGCAAGUUCCGUCCACAUAGGUAGUCCCCUGUUCUCCCAUGCUGUCCACCUAAAUGAUUCCUCUGAUAAAAUGGUUUGAGGGCCACAUCUGUGAAGCCUGCGACUGUGUAACCUUAGAGCUGCUAAAGGUAGGACCUGAAACAUUUUGUCCAGAGAGAAAAUGCAGUGUAAUGGGAAAAGCUUCACUGAAGGGGAGGAGGAGGGAUACUUCUUUUUUAAUGAAUGAACUGGAGUGAUACAAUGAGCUUUCCAAUUGGACCUGUAGCUGCUUCCAUACCUUAUCAGAAACUCCAGAUUCAGAGAAGUAACUAGCAACUGCUGUAUUACGCACUUAAAUAAAAACCAACGCACUACACAGUACAGAGCUCGACUCCAGAGCGUAGACUGCAAAGUGUCUGCCUCCAGGCUCAGGCUGUGGCAUGAUCUGUGUCUUUUCUAUUUCCUGGGCGGUAUGUACGCACGCUCUUAUUACACGACUGAGAUGUACAAGCUGUGUGCAUGCAUCUGACACGCCUUUCGGCAGCAAGGGGAAUAGGAGAUUGAGUUAGUACACAGUAGGUCCUCCCUUGGUUAUGGGACUGCCGAGUUCAUGGUGAUUCAUCUGUCCUCCAUGCUUUCGGGAAUCUUUGCAAAGAUGUUUGUGCUUUGCAAAUGUGUAAUGGAUUACCUAAGAAUAGUAAACAGAUCUGCUUUUAUGCGCGCUCUGCAUCAAUUCUACUAGCCAUUGUUAUUCUUACAGGUAACCCAUUAAACAAAGACUGGAAUGGUCCAUAGAAGGCCAUUGGGGAAGUUAGGGGGUUGGUCUGAAAUGGUCUAUUAUAGUGUGAGGGGGAGUUGACAGGACCGUGUGGAUGAAAGCAUUGGGUUCCUGUUAGUCCCCUUGCUGCAGACUUUGUUGCAGGUGAAUAUUUUGAUUGUGAUUAAAAUCUUAUUGUUUACCAAACUGUACUGCUGUAGCUACCAAACUGACCUGAGACGUACUGUUCUGACAAUGCACUGUAUAAUUUGUAUGUAAUGUAUUUAAUGAAAGAAAUACUUAUAACGGAA